UUGAUAUAGUGAUGACCUACACAGCCUGACGAUGGACCCAGCAGUAGCUUGCAGGUGUCCAUCAGUGGAUGUCACAUGUGUGGUCAGGAGAAGGAGAAAACGAGUGGAUGUUUCCCAGCUCGGGAUGGGUGGAGGGAACUUGAGCUGGUUUGAGGAUCUCACACAUCAGGCACAGCAGAAGCUGCAGCACAUGCCCGACGCUGCCACCCCCGAGACAGGAUGACCUUCACCUUGCUGGUUUUGACUCACCAUGCUUCUUGCCACAGCCAGUAGAGCUGAUGCAAGCUACUACACCAGGAACAGGCAGCCUGACACCCCUCAGUGCAUGGGCUCUUCUAAGUUCCCAGGAUCCCAGCACAAGUACACCAACAUCAGUGGAUCAUCCCAAUAUAGGAAACAGUCCUUGUCUAGUGUCUCCACCAGGUGUUGAGUCCUGUCUGAAGACAUGUCGUGGCAUCAGCGAACGACUCGGUCUUGUCGCCUCUAACGAGGACUGCAACAUGUCCUGGACAAACUCCAUGGCAACACCAUGUCUUGGGGGCGAGCUCCACACAUCACAGGAGGCAGAGGAAGCUCCUAGCCCACCAAAACCUAAAGGGUUUCCACGAGCACUGUUUUCUCCUGAUCAGGGCAGAACAGAUUCAGAUGAGUUGGUGAAGGAGCUCAAUGCUACAAUGGAGGAGGAAGGUCUCUCUGGCAUCUCUCCAGGUCCUCGAUCUUCCUUAAUGGUGCAAACUGACCGAGGGAAGAACUUGAUUAAGGAGCUAUUCCUACGCUCCACUGGGCAGAACCAGGAGGUGCACCAGGGUGGAUCUCCCCGAGCAGGACAACCUCACUCCCAGACUGUGCAGUCAACUGCUUCACCUAGAGCCAGCUGUAAGAGGAGGAAUUUCAGUAAUGUUGCUGUGAAAAGUAAUAUUGCAUCACCUCUAGCUAAAGAUGGUAAAUCUCCAGUUUCCAAAAAUCCUGGACGUAAGACUGUGAUUGACAUUGAAAAUGAAGAUGUUCAGUUGAAAAUAAACAUUUUGCAAAUGGCAGCCAGUUUUAAAGGUGAUAUAUCUACCCUUCCCACUGAUGAUGUGUUUGAUAAACAAGUGGUUAGUGAUACCGAGGUUGAUGUUGUGAAUCAUUUGACAAACAGCAACCAAUUGUAUCGAGGGAGAGGAGAUGAGGGCAAUUACACACCUUCUUCUGAACAAAGGACCAACUCCUCCAUGUUAAACAGACGAGUGAGGAAUUCUCAAGAGCGAUUAAAACAGAAUAAACGCCUGCCAUCUGACCAAAAUAGCAGUUUGGUAACGCAGUCAGUUGUGCAUGAAGCACUGUCCAUUUUCAUGGACAGUCCCUCCAGUGCUGAGAUCCGACGUCGCAGUGCUCCACGGAAGGGAAAGAAACGGAAGUCCACAGAAACCUGUCUACCUGAGGGUGAUGUGGAUGGUGCCAUGUUCUCUACUCCUUCUCCACAUGGAAGUCAGGCCAUCAAACCUCACUCUAUAUUGUCCUCCUCCAAGAAAAGAAAGCAUGGCUCUGGCAGGAAGAAAGUGACGUUUGCUGAGAACUUGUGUGAAGAGGAGGGAGUUGGAGCCAGUAAGAAGCUGAACUAUGACCAGUGGACGAACACAAAUACCAAUAGUGUCUGUUCCUCUGUUCCUGAAACCGCCAUUGAGCUUACAUGCAAGGACAGUUUGAUGUUGAAAGAACCCGAUCUAUCAGACUCUGUUAAGGCUGAUGAUAAAACCUGUGCUGAGUUUCAGCCAGAGGAUAAUAAGAGUGUCCAAGGCAAUUGUGCCAGUCCACAUGUUGAUGGAUAUGAUAAAAGACUGAAGGAGAAAGCUACCCAGUUUGUUCAAGACGAGUGUAUUAGUCUACAUGCAGAUGACGAUAGUAAAAUAUUGAAGGAGGAAGGUACCAAGCCUGUUCAAGAUGAGUGUGUCAGUCUACAUGCAGAUAGCAAUAGUGGAACACAGAGAGAGGAAAAUAACAAGCUUGUUCAAGAAAAGCAUAUCAGUCCACAUCCUGAUGACAAUUGUGGAAAAAUAAAGGAGAAAGGUAUCGGACCUGUUAAAGACAAGUGGAUCAGUCCACAUGCUGCAGAGCCAUCAGACGGAGAACAGUCACUCUUUGAGUCACAGCCAGAUGAACAGUUUCAGUCAGAGAUAUGUCAAUCAAAUAUUGGCAAUAAUAUCCAACCAGACAUCUCUUGUAAUGGUUUACUUAAGGAAAAUAGUAUUGAUGCAUCAUGUAAGGAACAUUCUGACCAGCUCACACGUCAGAAUUGUGAUUUUCUGUCCAUUCCUAAUGUUACCAAAGUACUGUCAACAGAGACCUGGCAAUCCCAAGUACAAGGUGCAGCUGAUUCACCAACUGAAAAUAUAAACAGCAUAUCUCUAUCAAAACCCAAUGCAGCUGUUUGUGAGAGUUCUGUAUCCACGCCAGUCCGUCCUCAUCCAAUUGUGCAUGAUGAAAUGUUUUCCCAGAUUUCUCCGUCCAGUUUGACUGAGAUGUGUCUUGUGGCCAGUUCUGAUCAGUCUAAACUCAACAAUGUUGUUAAUGCUCAAGAACCAUUCUGCUCCACAGAAGCACACAGAGUUGAUGCUCAAAAAACAAUCAGUGAUGUAAUAACAAACUCUGCUGCUCUGUACCAACAUUCCAUGGAACAUGUUGAUAAGCUUGUAACAAGAGCCAGUUCAGCUCAGACCUCUCUACCUCAAGUUAUGCCCAGAGUCACUACCUCUUCUGAUGACAGUUGUGUUAAAUGCCCAGAUAAGGAGGCUGUAUCAGUGCCAACAGAGAAUGAAAGGAGUUCCUUAUCACAUCUACCUGCCACAAACCUCCAGACCUCAUCAACAGACAUCAUAUCAAGCAAAAAAGAAGCUCUGAAAUCAGACAGCCUUUCAUUUACUUCAGAUAGAUCUUCUCUUGCAUGUACGGGACACACAGAUGUUACUGAGCCAUAUGUCCAGAACCCUUUCACCAGGAAACCUAAGGCUAAGCGGUUCUUCUACCCAACCUCAUCCCAGAUAAAGGCUGUCUGUCCCAAGACUGUGUUUAGUUUCAAAGGUUGUGAUGUUGAUGCCAAAGCCUCUGCUGCAGUCAGAGAAGCAGAACCUGUUGCCAGUGCUGUUUCCUUUCCUAAUGUAGAUAAUACAUCAGUUGUUAAUGUUGUUGGACAAAACAUGGAAUAUGAAGCUGGUGUUGGUGUAGAUGCUAGCAAGGAUGGUGCUACUGAUGUGAAGGAAGCUGGUACACUACCUGAUGUUUUGCAGACAGUUAGGGACAUAGGGGCUGGCAGGAACACUGUGACAGACCCUCCACCACUGACAGACAAGAAAGGAACCAUGACCAAACAGCAGGACUUUGGUUUCACCAAGUUCUCGGAGAUGUUUGAUGAGAGUCUCAUUGACUGGGAAGACUGGGACUGUGCCUCCCAGACUGCUGAUCUUCCUGAUGGAGAACCGACCUCCAAGUCUGCUGUACUUUCUCAUGGUUGUCAAGACAUGACCUCUGAAACUGCUGUACCUGCUGUUGGUGUUGGAGAGAGAGAACAAACUCUAAGAAUACCCCAUCUGCUCAUGUUGGUGGAGAAAUCACCUCCAAGCUUGCUGUAUCUGCUGAUGUUGGUGGAGAAACGACCUCCAAGUCUUCUGUAUCUGCUGAUGUUGGUGGAGAAACGACCUCCAAGACUGCCCCACCUGUUGAUGUUGGUGGAGAGACAAACUCUAAGACUGCCCCACCUCCUGAUGUUGGUGAAGCAAGAAAUGACCUCCAAACCUUCUGUAUCUGCUGAUGUUGGUGGAGAAACGACAUCCAAGCCUUCUUUAUCUGCUGAUGUUGGUGGAGAAACGACAUCCAAGCCUUCUUUAUCUGCUGAUGUUGGUGGAGAAAUGACCUCCAAGACUGCCCCACCUGUUGAUGUUGGUGGAGAGACAAACACUAAGACUGCCCCACCUCCUGAUGUUGGUGAAGAAAUGACCUCCAAGCCUUCUGUAUCUGCUGAUGUUGGUGCAGAAAUGACCUCCAAGCCUGCUGUAUCAGCUGAUGUUGGUGGAGAAAUGACAUCUAAGACAGCUGUAUCUCCUGAUUCUGUAGAACAUAUGACCUCCAAGACUGAUGUACCAGCUGAAGGUGGUGGAGAAACAACCUUUCAAGCUGUUGUACUGACUGAUGUUGGUGGACAUACAACCUUGCAACAAGCUGUACAAGAUGAUAAUGGAGAUACAACCUCCCGGACUGGUGUACUGGCUGAUGGUGGUGUAUCUGGUGCAGUGAAACAGAAUGCUUCAGUAGUGAAAGAUGAUGGUCAAGAGCAGGUCAAGGCAUGCAGUGAUGUCGCUAAUUGUUCCCACUGGGUGCCCUCUUCCCAAUAUGUCCACAACUUGGUGAAGGAUGUCCAGGAGGAACUCUUUAGUGACAUUGAGUUCUCCCAAGUAGAUGUAGCAGCAAGUGAGACCACAGAUGUCAGAACUGAACCUGAGCAAGAAUCAUGCAGGGAAGGACGUGAUGAUUCUCUUCAUUCUGUCACAGGAGACAAAAAGGUGUCAAAUUUGCUUUCAGAGAAGGUGUUAUCAGUUUCUGUUCAAAGUGCAGGAGAACAAUGUGUUGAAUCGGAAGCAUCAGUCAGUGGAAGUAUCAUGGCCUCUGCCACGGGGCAUCAAGGAAAGGAUGUAUUCAAGAAGCCUGAUGUUCCAGGGAAAGCUAGCAAUCAGAAGGCUCUGGUGUUCAGUGACUCGGUCACAGAUGCAAUAUUGAGUGAUAUGGACCUUUCUGAAACAUGUGUCAGAGACAAAGGGAUGCAGCUUGACAGUUCAGCUCAAGGAUGCCGUGACAUGUCCUCAUCUGAUUCCAGUGACUUUGAAUCUUGCAAGAGUGAAAGUGAUGUUAAGAAUGAGAAAAAGUUUAAUGUAAACCAAACAAAUUGUGCAGCUGACUCAUCUUUGAGUGACUCCGAUACUGAUCUGUAUGUGACAUCCACAGAAGAAAUAAAGGAAAUGUCUUCUGAAGUCAAACAUCAAACUCCCAGAACCAGAAUCAGCACAAGGUCAAGGACAUCCAGAAAAGACUCUGUUCUUCUUAGCAAAUCACUGAUGAUAGGUGAUUCUGACUCUGAUGUCAGUUGUGAGAGAAUUGUUCACAAAAAUAGGAAAGAGUAUCACUUCGAGAUGUUUCCCAAGAAAGAACCAAAAUUAGUGAAUGAAUCUGACCCAGAUAUAUUAUGGAGUGGUCUUGAAUCUCAUGGAAGGGAUAUUACCCAAGGUGGUCCAACAGAUGGGACAGACUGUCACAAGGAUAUCAAGAAUAUAGAAAGCAAAGUCACCUGCUUCUGUAACUAUGAGAAAGAAGAGGACAAGCAGAAGCCAGACAGAUUAAACAGAGCUGGAAGUAUUUCAGGAUCAGAGUCAGUGUGGAGUGAUCUUGAACAGGGUGAAGCAGAGAUUCUUGAGGAGGAAACAGUUGGUGUGUCUUUCGUGACAGAAAGAGCUGAAGCUGUUACAGUGUCCUCAGCAUCUCAUCAGUUUGUGGCAGUUGAUGAGGAGGUGCAGAUCAAAACAGUCCUCAAAGAUGAAAGACCAGAGACAGGAGAAGUAAGACCUAGUGCAGAAUCUCAAGGCUCUGUGAUCUCUCUGAGUCAGGGUAAAUCAUUAACCAGAGGAAGUAAUUUGCCUCUGAUGAAUAUUGAUUCUGAACAAUCUACAUUCAGGGAUUGGGACAUUAACAACCAGGAAAGUGCCAGACCACCGAUUGAUAGCCUUGACAGUCCUCAGAUCCAUUCAGAAGAUGCUGGUGUCGAGUUGCCUGAAACAGUGAAGACAUUGUUAGAUACAUCUAACUCUAACUUCAGAACAGAUAAAGGUCAUCAGUUUAUACAGGAACAGAAAUUGCUGCAGAAAGCCACUGCUUUGCUUGAAUCUGAGGCUAAUAUGUCUCGAGACAUACAUAGAUCUUCCCUUACAUGUUCUAAAACUGGUACGUCCAAAACUGGCUUUUCUACAGCAAGUGGCAAGAAGUUCAGCUUUGAUCCAAAAUCUCUUCAGAAAGCCACUGCAUUGCUUGAAACAGAUGUCACUGUCUCUAAAGUGAAGCAUAAAACAGAAGACAUUCACAACCUUUCAGAAAAUGUCAGUUCAAAAGGCAUGAAACAUACAGUGGCUGGCUUUUCAACAGCAAGUGGUAAGAAGUUCAGCUUUGAUCCAAAAACUCUUCAGAAAGCAUCUGAAUUGCUUGAAACUCAUGUUAUGUCUGAAGGACCAAAUAUUUCAAAACCUUUCAGUAAGUCUGAUGAAAAUGUUAAUUCCCCAAAUAUUUCCCAAACUGUUGUCUCAGGUUUUUCAACAGCAAGUGGCAAGAAGUUUAACUUUGAUCCAAAAUCUCUUCAGAAAGCCACAGCAUUGCUGGAAACUGAUGUUGAUAUGCCUGAAGUUGUGGACACUAAUCAAGGAAGACGACACAAGACACACAUUGACGUAGCAGAUGUGACAGCGAGCUGUAUUGCAGACGCCAAAAGUAAUCUUCCAUCAUUUGCUACUGCCAGUGGUAAAGAUCUGUUUCUGAAUAAAGAUGCUCUUGUGAAAGCUCAGACCCUAAUGGCAAUGGAAGAAGGCCUAGGAACUGAUGUCAACACACCAAAGGACCAAAAGUUUAAGAGAAUUCCAGAUCAGAGUACUUCCAAGGCUGCUUCAAACACUGUCCCAUUUGGUGGUUGUGAACUGGACUCAAUACUUGAGGAUUUGCUCAAAUCAAAGAAAAGUACAUUGGAAAAACAUUCCAAAGAUAAACAUCAAAUCAAGUCCAUUCAGCACAGCAUCAGCAAAAGUGUGACUAUAUCAGAAGAGGCACUGAUGUCAGCUAGAUCACUGAUGGAUGAAGGUAAUGAUAAUACUGCAGACUCUCAAGCAUUGCUGGAAGAGGAGCUGUUUCGGGGAGAUAUGAGCAGUCAGCUUGAUGUUAGGGCAGCACCUUUUGGGAUGGAAAGAACUAGGGAUGGACAUCAUGAAGCUAGUGCUCAUGUGUCAGAUUCAGGGAGAGAAACAGCUCAUCCUGAGCCUGAUGUUCCCUCAGCUGGUGAGUUUGGAGGGGCUAAUGUUGGGUUAAAAGGGACUGGGUUCCAGACUGCUUCAGGGAGACAGAUGUGUCUUUCAGAAGAUUCACUUAGACAUGCAAAAGCAAUGUGGGAUGAUCUUCCUAUUUCUGAAUCAAAAGCAAAUGCUGCUUCAGGAGAAAAUGCUGCAAAUGAGAAUAGGAAGAUGCUGAAUGUUUGCAGUGAGCAAGAUCACGUGGUGCCUAAUAUUGGCCACUUUGAUAGCAAAUGUGAAGGGAAGGACACCAAGGUUGAUCUGAGAACUGAAUCAACUGUUGCUUCAUCUACCUCCAUUGAUCAAGAGGCAAUUACACUUUCAUGUCGGAAUCAGAAUUUAGUUGCAAGAGAUGUUGAUGAUAUGAAGAUGUCUUCGAAUCCCUUUCAGACAGCUUCUGGGAAGGUAGUCAGUGUUUCAUUAGCAGCUCUGAAUCAGGCCAGGAAGGUGGUGAGGGAAUGUAGGGACAUGGCAGAAGUGCCCGAAGAACCAAGUGUAAGAAAUGUUUCAUAUUUGUCAGAUGCCAAACAUAUGGUUAAGGCAACUAAAGAAGAUGAGAUGUCAUUGUCUAGCCUGUUCCAAACAGCAUCAGAGAAGGGGGUUACAGUGUCAGAAAGUUCCUUGUCAGCAGCCAAGAAGACACUCAGUGAAGACUUUGAUAGUAAACCUCCCAGCCUGUUCCAAACAGCAUCCGGGAAAGGGGUUACAGUAUCAGAGAGUUCCCUGUUAGCUGCCAAGAAGACACUCAGUGAAGACUUUGAUAGUAAACCUCCCAGCCUGUUCCAAACAGCAUCAGGGAAGGGGGUUACAGUGUCAGAGAGUUCCCUGUUAGCAGCCAAGAAGACACUAUGUGAAGACUUUGAUAGUAAACCUCCCAGCCUGUUCCAAACAGCAUCAGGGAAAGGGGUUAUAAUGUCAGAAAGUUCCUUGUCAGCGGCCAAGAAGACACUUAGUGAAGACUUUGAUAGUAAACCUCCCAGCCUGUUCCAAACAGCAUCAGGGAAAGGGGUUAUAAUGUCAGAAAGUUCCUUGUCAGCGGCCAAGAAGACACUUAGUGAAGACUUUGAUAGUAAACCUCCCAGCCUAUUCCAAACAGCAUCAGGGAAGGGGGUUACAGUGUCAGAGAGUUCCUUGUUAGCAGCCAAGAAGACACUUAGUGAAGACUUUGAUAGUAAACCUCCCAGUCUGUUCCAAACAGCAUCAGGGAAAGGGGUCACUGUGGACAAGCAGUCCCUGGCCAAGGCAAAGAAGCUGAUGAAGGAUGCUCAUGAAACCCAGUUGUUAACUAUGCCAUCAUCAAGUUUGUUUCAAACAGCAUCUGGAAAUGCAGUGACUCUAUCUGAGCAUGCCCUAGUCAAAUCGAGGGAAAUUUUCACUGAUGAGCACUUUAAACAGGCCAGUUUGUUCAAGACAGCAUCAGGCUCUUCUGUUUCUGUAUCUUCUGAUUCUUUGGAUCAUGCAAAGUCCUUAUUUAAUGAAUCAGUAGAUGACACGUGUACAGAAUCAUCAACCUUAAUCAGUACUUCCAAUACAGCUUUGGGUAGUAAUGUUUUCGGUGAACAUAAUUCUCCACAGCAAUCCCACAUGUUCCAAACAGCUUCAGGAACAGCUGUUGAUGUGUCAGCAAAUGCUUUGGUCGGAGCCCAGAGACUGCUACAAGAUGAUCACGACUCAUCAGCAGUGCUAUCUAAAUCCCUCUUCCAAACAGCCUCUGGGUCCUGUGUUGGAGGUUCUACUGAAGCAUUAGCCCAAGGAAAGAGACUGUUGGUAGAAGUACAAAAACCACCCACAGCAUUGGCUACUUCUGGGCAUGGGUUCCAGACUGCUUCUGGGUCUUGUGUUGGAGUUUCUACUGAAGCAUUAGCCCAAGGAAAGAAACUGUUGGUAGAAGUACAAGGACCACCCACAACAUUGGCUACUUCUGGGCAUGGGUUCCAGACUGCUUCUGGCAGAGGCGUGCUUGUGUCUGAGUCUUCGUUGAAGUCCUCCAGGAAGCUGCUGGAUGAUGCAAAUGAGGACAAUGUGAUCCCUGAACUCGAAGUUCAUCAGACUGGAUCUCAUGAGGAACUUCUUACAACUGAUGAACAGAGAAGAUUUGGUCACAGAUGCAGAUCAAAGACUCCAAUGAUGUCAUCACCAGAAUCGACCCACCUUGACCGGCUGGUGAAAGGAGGCCGGAGACUUCAGCCAAUCAUGUCAACAUCGUUCAGCACAACACCCAGGUCUGAUGACUAUGAUCUUGAUGCUAUUCUGAACAAGUCAUCUGAGAAGCGGACAUCAAACACUACCUCCAGCUUCAAGACUCCAUACAAGAACUCUGCAUUCAUCACUCCAGUCCGCAAAGCCAGUGAUCAGGACAAACACACUCUAGGGAACUCCAGCAAAACACCUGUAUUCUACCCCAGAGCAUCUCUGAGAGCCAAUCAAAAGCAGGCUAGAAACAUCCAAACCAAUCACAACAGAAGAAGUCUUGAGUUAGCCAGACAUGAUUCUUGUGGAAUGGGUCCAUCUGGUUCAAAUACAAGAUCUGGUUCAGGGACUGACAACACUUAUAGAACUAAGCCAUCUAUUGCAAGUUUAAGGUCAGGGGAGGACAUUUCUGGUAGAGGGAGUCCUGUGACAAUGGAGAACAGUAGUGAGAAUGCAAUGAGCAUUGAUGAUGGACAACAGCAAUUUGAGUCUGUUGUCAGUGUUCUCAAGCAGAACACAGGAUGUGUUGGGGUAGCUGGGGAGGAUCUUGUGUUUCAGCCAGGCAAAAUAAGUUCAGUUCAGGCAAAGGAAAUAGCUUCUACAUCUAUUGACUUGAAGCACCACCUGGAGGAAGCAAGACAGAAACAAGGGGAGAUAAUUCAGAGGAAGAAGAAGCAGAAGGUUCGCCCAAGCUGUGGCCGCCUGUUCAGUGAGAAGCAGUCUGCAGGGAUGAGACUACAGUACAGAGACCUCAUGGUGGAGGGAUCUUUGAGUGAUCAGGAGCUGUGUUCUAUGGGAGUGAGACAGGAGAUUCCUGACAUCAGCAGCAACAACGCUGAGGACUUCCGCUUCAACCUGCUACUCUACUACCCCAACAUGACGAGCCGUGUUCUGGUGGGGGAUGGGGCACACUUGCUUCCUGACAACUCGGGGUUCGCUGGCAAGGAGGAAUUCUACAGAUCGUUUAUCAGCCUGGAGAGUGUUGACCCGGCUUUGGUGUCCGAUAUCUGGGUGUACAAUCACUACCGGUGGAUCGUGUGGAAGCUGGCUGCUUAUGAGGCAUCGUAUCCAGCUCAGUUUUCUGGAAGGUGCCUGACCCCAAACAAUGUGAUGCUGCAGCUGAAGUAUCGAUAUGACCGUGAAGUGGACCGCUGUCACAGGUCAGCCCUGAAAAAAAUAGUUGAGUGAGAUGAUGCUGCCUGCAAGAGGCUGGUGCUGUGUGUGUCUGGGAUCAAGAUGCCCCAGACAGGACCAGACAGUGAGGGGGCGGGACAGUGUGUGGUAGAGCUGACUGAUGGAUGGUACUGUAUAAAGGGUCAGCUGGAUGUGGGUCUGGCGGCACUGGUGGCCACCAAGAAGAUCUCUGUUGGUCAGAAGAUCUGUGUCAGUGGAUCGGAGCUGACUGGGUCGCAGGAGGCGUGUCCCCCACUUGAGAUCCCGGAGUCUCUGUAUCUGAAGAUCUGCAUGAACUCCACUCGGCCUGCCCCGGGAGACAGCAAGCUGGGCUAUCAGCGGGACCCCCGACCUCUCUGUGUUCCAAUCAGCACCCUGCAUGCAGAGGGGGGCGUGGCUGGUUGUGUGGACGUUGUGGUCACGAGGAUAUAUCCUGUCAUGUACAUGGAGAAGCUGGUGGAGGGAGGGACCGUGUUCCGGACGGAGGAGGCAGAGGAGCGGAUGCAGCGACAGUUUGACACACACAAGCAGGACAAGAUGGAGAAGCUAUACACAGAGAUACAGGCUGGUUUGGAGAAGGACCUGGGGAGAGGUCGACGUAAAUCCCGGAAACGCUGGUCACAGCGGGAGGUGGAGGAUCUCCAGACUGGCCAGGAGAUUUACGAUGCUGUUGAGGGGUCACUGCAACCAGAGGAGGUCCAUAGUUGGCUGACUGAGCACCAGGCCCAGAUGAUGGACAACCACCGACGCCACCUGCAGGACCAGCAACACCAGCAACUACAGGACAAGCUCCACACAGCCUGGGAGGAAGCUCAACAGGGUCACACUUCGAGGAAUGUGACUCCAGUGUUGAAACUGAGGGUGUCUGGCUGUGCUAAAAGAGAUGUUGACGCCAAGAUAUCUUCAAUCGUGACAGUGUGGCGACCUAAGCUGGAGUGGCUCCACCUGGUGGAGGGGAAGAGAUACAAAAUUUACGGUCUCGUCGCUUCCUCUGCCAAGACCCGCCUGGACAGUCACAGUGUACACCUGACAGCUAACAGACAGACCAAGCUACAGCCACGCCCUGUUGAUGAGAACUACCUUGACCUUGUGUACGAUCAAAGGGAGGUGUGGAGAGUGAAAGACCUCCGUUCACGAUCUCCACCAUUUAAGGAGUUUGACUUUGUAGGAAUGGUCAUCACGUCAAAGAGCAGCAGCCAACGGAGCUGUGACACAGUCUACGUCUCAGAUAUUGAUGGGGAGAUCCUGAGUAUACGUUUCUGGACAGGACUACAGAGUUUCGGCCUGGAGGAUCACUUGGUGGCUGGGAAGAGUAUCGUCGCCACCAACCUCAUCCUGAAGUGGUCCCGUGGUUCUGGUCCCGUCUCUGCCGACGCCUGCAGCGAGGUGACACGCUUAUCUUCCACAACCAAGAUGCCUGACCACAGGAAAUGUCUGGCCAGGUUCUCCAGCUUCAAGCAGGUAGAGAAAAACAAAUUCCUUGCCGCUGCCAGGGAGCGACUUAGUAAACAUGAGAGGAAGGCACAGGCUCCUCAAACACAACUAGCAACUCCUGAGAAGUAUUUCUCUGACCUUCCCUCUGAGUGCCUCCAGAAACUCUUCUCUCCAAUGGAAGACCAGGGAGAAAAACUCUCAAAGGGGGAUAACUCUGCAACACCAGAUCCUGUUGUGAAGAAAAGACGGUCGAUUCUCCGAGAGAAGUCCGCCAAACUGAUGGCCUAUGGUUCUCCGCAUCCCCUCUCAACCAUCAGCUGUCCAGUAUCACCUGCUCUGGCCAGGGCUUUCAAACUGCCGUCAGGACUUGCCAAAAAUAUGAAGGAUUCCUUCAAGUGAUGCGUGUUUCUGUUCCAUACAGUGAUCUUACUAUGAACACAAUCAUAAUGAUUUACACAGACUUACGUUAGUACCAAGAUCGUUUUAUGGAACAGUUUCCUUGGAAACCAAAGAACGAAUUCUUUAUCUACAAUUACUCCUGUGUUAGUUAUAAACCAAAGAUUGUUCCAAAGAUGUGUGGGGUGGAGGGGUAGCCUAGUGGUUUAAAGCGUUAGAUUGUCACGCCAAAGACCUGGGUUCGAUUCCCCACAUGGGUACAAUGUGUGAAGCCCAUUCCUGGUGUCCCUCAUCGUGAUAUUGCUGGAAUAUUGCUCUAAGUGAUGUAAAACCAUACUCACUCCAAAGAUGUGUGAAGACCUGGGUGCCAUUAUACGAAACAACCUUCGUAUUGGGACUGGUGUAAAUCUAUGUUGCAGUGACAGUAACAACCAUCAUUUUGUACAAAGGCACCCUGAAGAUUGUCAUGAACACACAAAUGAUCAGCUAUGUACUUUGUUGUUGCUUGUGAAUGAAGUAUUAUUGACAAAAUGUAGAGAAAUCUUGAUGACUGAACAUUUAUCAUGUGUUGUAAAUUUGUGUUGAGGCGUUUAUCUGUAAUUCCUCAGAGCACAGUCAAUGAAGCUCCUGAUAAUGAGGGUUCUGGGGAAUCGAUAACUUCAUUUAUACCUGAAAAUGUCCAACUUCACUUAUCAAAAUUAAAAGCUUGUCCAAUAGUAAGAAAUAUGUAGUCCUAGGAAUCAAAAUUAUUCUUGCAAGGUCCUUUUUCUUAUGUUAUGAUAAUAAGUAAAGGCAGUCUGCCUUUUCUGUAGGAAAGUAGUAUAGGUUGACAAAACUGUAGCAAGCACCUGUUGAAUCUUGACCAUCUGAAUGUUACUUUUGUUUGUUCCAUGUUACAAAGAUUACAAACUUUAAUACUGUUGAAAAUAAAUAUUUUAUUUGUUGCA